CCUCAGCUGCGCAGCUGCGCGCUUCCGCAGGUUUCCGGAGGUCGGGGGAGGAGCCUGUAAAAGUUGAAAAAGGCUUACUCUCCCAGUCUUCCAUGGCCUUGCAAGAAGUCUAGAAGGUUCUGCUCCAAUCUAGAGGAGGCCUCUAGAUCACCAUGGCAACUGGACAGAAGUUGAUGAAGGCUAUUCGGGUGUUUGAAAUUGGUGGACCAGAAGUACUGAAACUCCAGUCCGAUGUUGUAGUACCAGUUCCAAAAGACCAUCAGGUUCUAAUCAAAGUCCAUGCCUGUGGUGUCAACCCAGUCGAGACAUAUAUUCGCUCUGGUACCUACAGGCGAAAACCUCUCCUACCCUACACCCCUGGCACAGAUGUGGCCGGGGUCAUAGAAUCCAUUGGAGAUGGUGUAUCUGCUUUCAAGAAAGGUGACCGAGUGUUCAGCUCCAACACCAUCUCGGGGGGCUAUGCCGAGUUCGCCCUGGCCGCGGACCACACUGUCUACCCACUCCCUGAGACACUGACCUUCCGCCAGGGCGCUGGGAUCGGCAUCCCGUACUUCACCGCCUGCCGAGCGCUGCUGCACAGUGCCCGUGUGAAAGCUGGAGAGAGCAUUUUGGUUCAUGGGGCAAGUGGAGGUGUGGGAUUAGCUGCAUGCCAGAUUGCCAGAGCUUACGGCCUAAAGGUACUAGGCACAGCCGGUUCUAAGGAAGGAGAGAAGCUUGCUCUGCAGAAUGGAGCCCAUGAAAUGUUUAAUCACAGAGAAGCUAAUUAUAUAGACAAAAUUAAGAUAUCAUCCAGGGCCACGGGAAGAUGGGGAAGAUGAUUCUUCUCCCGUGAGACCGAUUCUUCUAGGGACUUCUAUGCCUUUGCGGAGCCUCUUUCCCUGUGUUACAUCAUUGCCUUUAACUAGUGUUCAUUUGGUGGAGUUUCAUGCAGUAACAAUGGAAGUUUUCCUUUGGAGACUAGAGGAAUGGGGUGAAAUUCACUGCCACACCAUCAGUCCUCUCAGAUCAGGGCCUCGGAGAGGACGCAGCGUGCUCUCCUUUGUUGGCGUUCAUUCCAAAAAUGUUUUUUUCCUUUUCUUUCAAUUUUUUGUUGUCAUUGUUUGAGAUGGGAUCUCGUGUAGCCCAGGCUGGCCUUCUGCCUUAGUCCCUCUAGUGCUGGGAUAAUAGGCGGGAACCACCAUACAUGGCUUCAUUUCAAAAUGCCUUGAUGUUGAUUAAUUGCAUGCCUUUGACUAAAAUGUGCUAAUUCAAAAUAAAACUAUUGAUUUCUGUGGA